UCCAUAAGGCAAACUACUGCCUCCUCUUACACAGCAGCUCACAAAAUGCCUGCAGACUACAAUGGACGCUGGGAGAUGGUGAGCAAUGAGAACUUCGAGGAGGUCAUGAAGGCCCUUGAUAUUGACUUCGCCACCCGAAAGAUUGCAAGCCACCUGCAUCAGACUAAGGUGAUUGUCCAGAAUGGAGACAAGUUUGAAACAAAGACCCUGAGCACCUUCAGAAACUAUGAGGUCAACUUCACUAUAGGAGAAGAGUUUGAGGAGUACACAAAAGGCCUGGACAACCGGAAAGUCAAGACGCUUGUAGUUUGGGAUGGCGACAAGUUGAUUUGUGUGCAGAAGGGGGAGAAGGAAAACCGUGGCUGGAAACACUGGAUCGAGGGAGACCUGCUCCACCUGGAACUCCAUGUGCUUGACAAAGUCUGCCAUCAAGUAUUUAAGAAGGCCUAGUAAGACUGGGACGAACAUCAUCUGAACAAAACUGUGUAUUGCUGUCUAUUUGUAAUGUAACUGUGAAGACCUGUAAUAAAGUCAUUUUA